GUCGGCUUCCUGGUGAAGUAACGCGUGAGUAACCCGCCCGUCAUCAUCUCGGACCUGAUCCGGGGAGGAGCUGCAGAGCAGAGUGGCCUCAUCCAGGCUGGGGACAUCAUUUUAGCCGUCAAUGGCAAGCCCCUGGUGGACAUGAGCUAUGAGACCGCACUGGAGAUACUGAGAAGCAUCGCCUCCGAGACCUACGUGGUCCUCAUCUUGCGGGGCCCUGAGGGCUUCACCACUCACCUGGAGACCACUUUUGCAGGUGACGGGACACCAAAAACCAUCCGUGUCACCAGACCCCUCUGCCCGACUCCGAAGGCAGUCGACUUGUCCAAUCCAAGCCUGCACAGCAAAGAGCAGCCACCGCCCGCAGCCGACCGCACCAUGGGAUCCCUGUGGACAAGAGAGAUGGGGCGGGAGGUGGAGCCGAUGGGCCACCGUAACAGCGCAGGGCAGGAUGGUGGGAAGGGGAAGGAGGGUGCUUGUGGUCACCCUUGCCUCAACGGCGGCGUGGAAGACAAUGAGCUGCUCAAAGAAAUCGAGCCCGUCCUGGAUCUCCUGAAGAGCAGCAGUAAGGACAGCGAUGGAGAUGCACCCUCCAAGGUAGAGACAAGAGAUAUAGAAGUCCAGGUGGACUGGGAAGGGGAAAACAAGCCACAGAAAGCCUUACCGGCUCAGAUGGAGAACGACCGUGUCUUUGGUGACCUGUGGGGGAAGAGCAACGUGCCUGUGGUCCUGAACAACCCCUACUCCGAAGCAGACCAGCCACCACCAUCCGGGCGGCAGUCCCCAACCAAGAACACAGUGAAUGGAAGUCCUUCCAAAUGCCCGCGGUUUGUCAAAAUCAAGAACUGGGAGACAGGCUCCGUGCUUCAUGACACUUUGCACCUCAAGACUGCAAUGGCCACCGCGUGCACCGAGCAGAUCUGCAUGGGCUCAGUAAUGACCCCGAGCCAGCACGUCCGCAAGUCAGAAGAUACCAGGACAAAAGAGGAGGUGCUCCUCUUGGCUAAGGACUUCAUUGACCAGUACUACUCCUCCAUAAAGAGAUCUGGCUCCAAGGCCCACAUGGAAAGGCUGGAGGAAGUGACCAAGGAGAUUGAAGCCACUGAUACCUACCAGCUGCGGGACACAGAGUUGAUCUACGGAGCCAAGCACGCCUGGAGAAACGCAGCCCGCUGCGUGGGCAGGAUUCAGUGGUCCAAGCUGCAGGUGUUUGAUGCCCGGGACUGCACCACAGCCCAUGGGAUGUUCAACUAUAUCUGCAACCACAUCAAAUACGCCACCAACAAAGGGAACCUCAGAUCUGCUAUCACCAUCUUCCCGCAGCGGACGGACAGCAAGCACGACUUCCGCAUCUGGAACGCCCAGCUCAUCCGCUACGCUGGCUACAAGCAGCCCGACGGCUCUAUCCUGGGAGACCCCGCAAACGUGGAGCUGACGGAGAUCUGCAUUCAGCAAGGGUGGAAGGCACCACACGGGCGCUUCGAUAUCUUGCCUCUGCUCCUCCAAGCCAACGGCAAUGAUCCAGAGCUCUUCGAAAUUCCCCCAGAGCUUGUGCUGGAAGUGCCCAUCCGGCAUCCCAAGUUUGAAUGGUUUAAGGACCUGGGCCUGAAGUGGUAUGGCUUGCCAGCAGUUUCCAACAUGCUCCUCGAGAUCGGUGGCUUGGAGUUUUCCGCCUGCCCCUUCAGCGGCUGGUACAUGGGCACGGAGAUUGGGGUCCGGGACUACUGUGACAACUCUCGCUACAACAUACUGGAGCAAGUGGCCAAGAAAAUGAAUCUGGAUAUGAGGAAAACGUCCUCACUGUGGAAGGACCAGGCCUUGGUGGAGAUCAACAUUGCUGUGCUGUACAGCUUCCAGAGCGACAAGGUGACCAUCGUGGAUCACCACUCAGCCACCGAGUCCUUUAUCAAACACAUGGAGAACGAGUACCGAUGCCGUGGAGGCUGUCCAGCCGACUGGGUGUGGAUUGUCCCGCCGAUGUCUGGCAGCAUCACCCCAGUUUUUCAUCAGGAAAUGCUCAACUAUCGUCUCACGCCCUCCUUUGAGUACCAGCCGGACCCCUGGAACACCCACGUCUGGAAAGGGAUCAAUGGGACACCUACCAAGAAGAGGGCCAUCGGCUUUAAGAAGUUAGCAAAAGCUGUGAAGUUCUCAGCCAAGCUGAUGGGCCAGGCCAUGGCCAAGAGGGUCAAAGCGACCAUCCUAUAUGCCACGGAAACAGGGAAGUCGCAGGUCUAUGCAAAAACCCUGUGUGAAAUCUUCAAGCACGCUUUCGAUGCCAAGGUGAUGUCCAUGGAUGAGUAUGACAUCGUGCACCUAGAGCAUGAAACCAUGGUCCUGGUGGUCACAAGCACCUUUGGCAAUGGAGACCCACCUGAGAAUGGAGAGAAAUUUGGCUGUGCAUUGAUGGAGAUGAAGAAUCCCAACUCCAACCUGGAGGAGAGGAAGAGCUACAAGGUCCGUUUCAACAGCGUCUCCUCUUACUCGGAUGCACGGAAAUCCUCAAGCGAUGGCCCUGACUCCAGGGACAACUUCGAAAGCACGGGGCCGCUGGCUAACGUCAGGUUCUCCGUGUUUGGGCUGGGGUCACGGGCUUACCCCCACUUCUGCGCCUUUGCCCGGGCAGUGGACACCCUCCUGGAGGAGCUGGGUGGAGAGAGGAUCCUCCGCAUGGGAGAAGGGGAUGAGCUCUGUGGCCAGGAGGAGUCCUUCAGGACCUGGGCCAAGAAGGUCUUCAAGGCAGCGUGCGACGUGUUCUGCGUCGGAGAUGACGUCAACAUUGAGAAGGCAAACAACUCCCUCAUCAGCAAUGACCGGAGCUGGAAGAGGAGCAAGUUUCGCCUGACCUAUGUGGCUGAAGCCCCAGAACUCACACAAGGACUCUACAGCAUCCACAAAAAACGCGUCUACGCAGCCCGGCUCAUCACACGCCAGAACCUGCAGAGCCCAAAGUCCAGCCGCUUGACAAUUUUCCUGCGCCUCCACACCGACGGACACCAGGAACUGCAGUAUCUGCCCGGGGACCACUUGGGCGUGUUUCCAGGGAACCAUGAAGACUUGGUCAAUGCCCUGAUAGACAGGCUUGAAGAUGCUCCUCCAGCCAACCAGCUGGUGAAGGUGGAGCUCCUGGAAGAGAGGAACACAGCUCUAGGUGUCAUCAGUAACUGGACAGACGAGAACCGUGUCCCACCAUGCACCAUCUUCCAGGCUUUUAAGUACUACUUGGACAUCACCACCCCUCCCACACCCCUGCUGCUGCAACAGUUUGCUUUGUUGGCCACCAGUGACAAGGAGAAGAAACGUCUGCAGGUCCUUAGCAAGGGCUUGCAGGAGUAUGAAGAAUGGAAGUGGUCCAAGAACCCCACCAUCGUGGAGGUGCUGGAGGAGUUCCCCUCAGUGCAGAUGCCCUCCACGCUGCUGCUCACACAGCUCCCCCUCCUCCAACCACGCUACUACUCCAUCAGCUCCUCCCCGGACAUGUACCCAGACGAGGUCCACCUCACCGUGGCAGUGGUCUCCUAUCGCACAAGAGAUGGAGAAGGACCGAUCCACCACGGAGUCUGCUCCUCUUGGCUCAAUCGGAUACAGACCGAUGAAGUAGUGCCCUGUUUUGUAAGAGGUGCGCCCGGGUUCCACCUGCCCCAGGAUCCCCAGGUGCCCUGCAUCCUCAUCGGCCCCGGCACCGGCAUCGCCCCUUUCCGGAGCUUCUGGCAGCAGCGACUCUUUGAAAUCCAGCACAAAGGUCUGAAGCCUUGUCCUAUGGUCCUGGUUUUUGGCUGCCGACAGUCCAGGAUCGACCACAUUUACAAAGAGGAGACGCUCUUUGCCAAAACCCAUGGUGUUUUCAGAGAGCUGUACACAGCCUACUCCCGGGAACCGGACAAACCAAAGAAAUACGUGCAGGACGUGUUACAGGAGCAGCUGGCCCAAACUGUGUUCAAAGCACUGAAGGAGCAGGGAGGCCACAUCUACGUCUGCGGGGAUGUCACCAUGGCCGGGGACGUCCUCAAGACCGUCCAGCGCAUCGUGCGGCAGCAGGGCCAGCUGUCGGUGGAGGAGGCAGGUGCCUUCAUCAGCAAGCUGCGGGAUGACAGCCGGUACCACGAGGAUAUUUUUGGAGUCACCCUGCGUACGUACGAAGUGACUAACCGCCUUAGAUCUGAGUCCAUUGCAUUCAUCGAGGAGAGCAAAAAAGACACGGAUGAGUGA